AUGGUUCUAAGAACAAUUAUUCAACAACCAGGGAGGGCAGCACUGGUGAGACAAAAAAAUAUGAUUGCAUCAAUUAAAGAUGGACGGGAUUGGUGGAAAAUUGAACCAAAAUACUCAGAUAAAGUUCUCAUUGGAAACUGGCUGGAAGAGAGAAAAAGGUUUAUCAAACCCACUGGGAAACUUGGCUGCAGCACAUACAGCACAGACUUCAUUUGCUUCCCAGAUCACAAACCAGAACAAACACUAAGAAGAACCAUGAUGAAGAAAUAUGAGGGCCUGCCAGCACAGCACUUCUUCACACAUCACGAGGAACCAAGAAGCCGAAAUUUAGUAUCAGAGUAUGAAGAUAAAUACAAUAGACACAGUUAUGACCCUGUGCUGCCUCCCCUCCGCAGCUGGAAUGGACGCAAGCUUGCCUGGAUUCCUCAGAAACCAGAUUUCCCCAUUCUUGAACCACCCACCAACUAUGGCCUGCUCGAGCACCUGAUGAAAAAAUGGCACAAGAAAGAAGCUGGAAUGAUGAGGAGUGUCUACACCAUUUCCUAUGAAAAGCCACCAAUUUCUGCUUUUGCUAAAACUCAUGGCCUCUCUUCCAGGCAGGGACGUCAUCCCCAUAAUAUUGGUAGAAUCCUGGACUAUGAAGGGAGUCAGAAAUAUCUGCAAGCCCUCGGCCAACUAGCGAGAGACAGAAAAGCAAGAGAUGCCUCUAUGUAA